AUGGUCCAAGCCGCUCCGGAAAUCAACCAGAUGUUUCUUCGCUCGUCAAGCUAUAGCAGACUGCUGCACGUUAUAGCAUACUGCUUACGAUUCGCCAACAACGCCCGACAAAAGACCAGAACGUUGCCUCAAUCGUCUUCAAACUUCGCUGGAAAAAUACUUACCGCGGAACAAAUAAUGAAAGCUAAAACAAUGCUUACCUGUCUCGUUCAACAAGAACGAAAUAAAGGAUAUAAGAAGGAACAAAUCGGUAUCGAAACAAUCAAGCAUUCGCAAAAUGAACCCAUUCAUCGACCCAGAGGGAGUGUUGAGACAUCCCAUCCCUUCACCUUACUAAUCGCUCAAUAUUACCACACUAAAUUGCUUCAUGGCGGCGGGCGACUUUUACUAACGGCAAUCCGCGAGGAAUUUUGGCCUCUAAAUGGUCGCCGCCUCGUUAAAAGCAUUGUACGGAAUUGUUUUCGAUGCAAUCGUUUGAAUCCCGUACCCCUUCAGCAGCAGAUAGGCCAGUUACCCGCACAACGAGUCAUACCAAGCCGUCCCUUCAGUGUCACCGGAGUAGACUACGCAGGUCCACUCUACCUCAAACCACCACAUAAGCGCGCAAGCUCACCCAAAUCUUACCUGUGUCUUUUUAUAUGCUUCGCAACAAAGGCCGUUCAUUUAGAACUUGCUAGCGAUUUAUCCACCGCAGCGUUCUUAUCUGCUUUUCGCAGAUUCAUUGCAAGGCGGGGGCGUCCUGCCCAUGUGCAUUCGGAUAACGGAACAAAUUUUGCUGGUGCCAGCAACGAGCUUUCACAACUAUUCAAUAUGCUACAAAAUGAGAACCAGAUAAAAGAAAUCUAUGCCUUUUGCGCAGAUGAAGGUAUCGCCUGGCAUUUCAUACCACCAAAGGCGCCGCAUUUUGGCGGUUUAUGGGAAGCGGCUGUAAAAGUCGCUAAGAAGCACCUUUUCCGUCAAUUGGGUGGUAUAAAAGUUUCGUUCGAAGACAUGACGACCAUCCUCGCACAAAUAGAAGCCCAGAUGAACUCCAGACCGCUGCGUCCAAUCUCCGAAGACCCCAACGACUUGGCCGCGCUCACUCCAGCGCAUUUCCUCAUUGGCACGACGAUGAACGCCCUGCCCGACACUGACCUUCGUCACAUUCCAUCGAACCGGCUCGACCACUAUCAGCAGCUCCAGCUUCACACGCAAAGAUUUUGGUACCACUGGCGACGUGAGUACUUACAGGAGCUUCAGAGGGACACAGUUCGUUCCAUCCGCAACGACGAAGUCACACCAGGCAGGAUGGUCAUCGUAAUCGAUGAAAUGCAGCCUCCCAUUCGCUGGCCACUCGCCCGUAUCGUGGAGUUACAUCCUGGAGAAGACAACAUCACUCGAGUAGUCUCGUUACGCACUACGAGAGGAAUCAUCACACGUCCGAUAACAAAAAUAUGCUUGCUGCCUUGCUCCACCGCUUCGUCCGAAUCCAAACCAUCCAUCGUGAGUCCCGCGGCAGUGGAAGACGUCGAGCAGCAUUAA